AGGUCCGACGCGACACUCUCUCGCCUCCCGCGCCUCCGCCGAGCACCUCCUGCACGAGACACUUCGACGACAACUUCUCCCCGCAAUGGCUGACGCAGCGAAGAAGGCACCCAAGGCCAAGGCCCCCAAGAAGCCCGCGGCGCACCCCAAGUACUCCGUCAUGAUCGCCGCCGCCCUCGCUGCCCUGAAGGAGCGCAGCGGGUCCUCCCGCCAGGCCAUCCUGAAGUACAUCGUCGCCACCUACAAGGUUGACCCCAAGGCCGCCGCCACCCAGCUGAAGCUUGCCCUGAAGCGAGGCGUGACCACUGGUGCCCUCAAGCAGGUCAAGGGCGCCGGAGCGUCUGGUUCCUUCAGACUCAACAAGCCCGCCGCUGAAGCCAAACCCAAGGCUGUCAAGAAGCCCGCCGCCAAGAAGGCUGCUAAGAAGCCCGCCGCCAAAAAGGCCGCUAAGAAGCCUGCCGCCAAGAAGCCCGCAGCAAAGAAGGCCGCCAAGAAGCCAGCAGC